AUGUUUAAAAAGAAGCCGACUAUCAAGAAUCUCUCCCCGAUCAGGUCCUCAGAUCGGAGGAAAAUUGCCGAUCAAAUCAUCAAAGACUACCAGAUCACGGUUCCCGAAACCACUGCCGACACACCCACCGAUGGAGCUGCUGUACCGACCCUCGCCUCGAUUCGCAAUGCUCUUCUCCCAGAGAACACUGCAUCUGCGCGCUUCACCACCACGGCGGGUCCUGAUCUCCGUGAGGUCCAAGGGACAGUCUACGUCGGCGCACACCCGGAUGGAGACGAGCGGGUGCUGUGGUUCAAGGUGGAACAUGGGCCGGGUUCAGACAAGCGCCUGUAUCCGACUGUCUAUACGCUAUGGCAUAACCCAGACUUGGUUUCUUUACUCUAUACUCCCGAGAUGGUGAUGCAGAAGCUGCGAGGUGGUGCGGAUCUCAUGACGCCCGGUUUGGCGAACGAACCUCCAUUCCCUGCACGAGCUGUCCCGGGAGCGGUCGUUGCGGUGGCGGGAUUGGACAAUUACACGGUACCUCGGUUUGUUGGUAUCUGCGAAAUUGAUGUCUCCACUCUGAAAGAGGUGCAGGGAACCAAGGGCCACGCUGUACGAGGUCUUCAUUGGGAGGGAGAUGAGCUGUGGGCAUGGAGUCCAUCGUCUCGGCCUGGCCGCCCGGCGCCGGCGUACCUGAAAGGAUGGGAUGAGGACCAAAACGACACAGAAGAGCUUAAUUCUGCAGUCGAGGGACUCGCACUCGAAGAGACUGCCGAGGAAGCUAUCGAAGCCUCUCAUGAAACGCCUGUGGCUGAAGAUGAGGAGCCUGCGGUGCAAGAGCCGGAACCCACAACCAAGGAAAUCGACGAUGCCUUCAUCAAGGCCUUUCUCUACGCCAUCUAUAAACUCAAACAGGAGAAUGCAUCAGCACCGAACCACGGCCUGUCGUUGCCUGUUUCGCCCUCCAUUCUAAUCGCUAACCUCAUCACACCUUACCUGCCCAUUCGCUCUGCACAACAAGCGCAGUACUACACCAUCAAGAAGACCAGCUGGAAGAACGUGAAGAAAUUCAUCAAGCACCUGGACAAAAUGCAGCUGGUCAAAUCCAAGGACCGCAGCGGACAGGAAACGUACAUCAUGGACAUUGAUUUCAACGACCGCCGCGUGGAGCAAUUUGUUCCAUACAAACUCCCAUCAAAGGCCGCACUCGAAACCCCCAGCAAAGCUCCCUCUUCCACCGAAGGCAAACCCCCUACUGCAACCGACGACGCCGAUCCGUCCGUGGGCCAAACCCUCAAUGUCCAGACACUCUACCGACCCACGCAGAAACUCACGCCCGACAUCUUCCCGGCCUCAUCCUCCAGCAACCCCAAGAACUUCUACAAGUACUCCGAUGUCUCGGCCCAUGUCGAGCAAUACGUGCAAUCACAAAACCUCGUCUCCGCCGACAAUCGCCGCAUCAUCAAUCUCAACCCUUUCCUCGCCAACACCAUCUUCACAUCCGCUUCCGCAGAGGACCAAGGGACCCUCAAACGCGGCAAGGUCACCCGCGACGCUCUUCUCAAACGCAUCCUCGAAGACCACACUUUCCUGCAGCCCCACUACGCCAUUUUGAAAUCGGGCCAGACGCUCGCAGACGUAAAACCCAAGGCAGGCGCCACACCCAAGGCCGUCGUCACGCUUGAGAAACGCACCGGAUCCAAGACGGUCACCAAGGUGACGAAUUUGGAGAUCUUUGGAAUCAUUCCUAGUAUGCUGGCAGAGGAAUUGCAGAAGAAAUGCGCGAGUAGCACGAGUGUGACGCAGGCGGUUGGUGCACCGAAGGGGGUGAUGGAGGUUCUGGUGCAGGGUGAUCAGCGAAAAGUGGUGGAUGCGGCGCUUUCGCGUCGGGGUUUGAAGAGUCAGUGGGUGGAGGUGGUGGAUAAGACUAAGAAGAAGAAAUAG